UUCCUCAAAGUUUAAAGCCUAGCUACCGGAUUUCAGGCAGCCGCAUGCUGCUCGUCCUUUCUCCCGGAGCAGGAAUCCAAACGGGCCUUGAACAGCGGCGUGUCUGAGAGCUGCAGGCCCGGAGCUGCACCGCGGAGGCUCCCAUGGCGGAUCCAGAUCCGAAAGGCAUGAGCGGAGGUAGAAGCGGAGGGACGUCGGGACACCGGCGGAGAGGACGCCCCGCAGCCCUCGCGUUGCUGACUGCGCUGCUCACCUGCUGCGUCAGGUGUGCGGAGAGCGUGAAACAGAGCAACAUCAUUCUCGUGCUGGUGGACGACCAGGACGUGGAGCUGGGGGGCAUGACGCCUAUGAAGAAAACGAAAGAACUAAUAGGAGAAGCAGGGGCAACGUUUGUGAACGCUUUCACCGUCACGCCGCUGUGCUGCCCGAGCAGGAGUAGCAUUUUGACUGGUCAGUACCCCCACAACCAUGAGGUUAGGAACAAUUCCCUGUCUGGUAACUGCUCCAGCGUUAAGUGGCAGCAAGGACCUGAAGCCGAGGCUUUCCCCAUCUACCUCAGCAAACAGAAAUACCAGACGUUCUUCGCUGGGAAGUAUCUGAACCAGUAUGGCAGAAAAGAUGCAGGAGACGUCGGCCAUGUUCCACCUGGCUGGGACCAGUGGAAUGCAUUGGUGGGAAACUCCCAGUAUUACAACUACACGCUGUCCGUGAACGGUAAAGCAGAACAGCACGGUGACAGCUAUGAGAAGGACUACCUGACAGACCUCAUCCUGAACCGUUCGCUUCACUUCCUGGAUGACAGAAGCCCUCAGCAUCCCUUCUUCAUCAUGUUGGCGCCUCCAGCUCCUCACUCCCCAUGGACGGCAGCGCCUCAGUACCAAAAAGAGUUCAACAAUGUCCAAGCCCCCCGAGAUGGCAGCUUUGACAAACCAGGGAAGGACAAACACUGGCUGCUGCGUCAGCCUGUCAACCCUAUGCUAAAUAGCUCCGUUACCUACUUGGAUAAUGCAUACAGGAAAAGGUGGCAGACGCUGCUGUCUGUGGACGACAUGCUGGAGAAGUUGGUGAAGAAACUGGACAGUAUGAAUGAGCUGAACAACACCUACAUCUUCUACACCUCAGACAACGGCUACCACACAGGUCAGUUCUCACUGCCCAUUGAUAAAAGGCAGCUGUAUGAGUUUGACAUCAGGAUACCGCUCCUGGUGCGUGGCCCUGGCAUCAAACCAAACCAGACCAUAAAGGCUCCAGUGCUGAAUAUCGACCUUGCUUCAACCUUUCUUGACAUUUCUGGUGUCAACCUGUCAACUGUCAAUGUGGAUGGACAGUCUUUCCUUGCUCAGAUGGCUCCAUCGCUACGGAAUGGCACAGCGCGACCAUUUUUCCUCGUUGAAUACACAGGAGAGGGAAAUCCAACAAACCCUACUUGUCCUAAACUUGGCCCAGGAGUAUCUCAAUGUUUCCCAGACUGUGUGUGUGAAGAUGCCUUCAACAACACAUACGCCUGUGUGAGGACCCUUGAUGGCAAACAGAACCUACAGUACUGCGAGUUUGCAGACAGCGAGUCUUUUGUAGAAGUGUACAACCUGACGUCAGACCCACACCAGCUUGAGAACAUUGUGAAGAAAGUGGAUCCGACAAUCCUGCAGGCCAUGAACCAGCGGCUCAUAAAACUGCAGUCGUGUGUGGGGGACAGCUGUCGUGACAUUAAGUAAAGUGGAGGAGAACAAGGGUCCUACCAUCCUCAGGGGGAAGGGCCAUGCUCUUUGAUACUUUCAGACAAGCAGACAGACAUUUUGAUUGGUUUUCACUGGGAGAAAAAAAGAGAGAAGUCCUGGUUGAAUUCUAUAUACUGCACCAGUUUGAUGCUCAGUGUUUAGAGGAGAAAAUGCCUUUUUUUAGAUUUGUGCUCACACAGAGUGCCAGUUAAUGGGUAUGGUGCAUUCUGUUAGUACUUGAAAAUCAGAAUCUAAAAAUCUGAGCAGGAGAACUCACCAUAAAAGCCCAUGAAGUCGGUAUUACUUCUUGAAAAGCUGGAGAUUCAUAAGAAAACCUGAUACGAACAUCUAAUAUGGCUGCCAUGCAUCAAAACGCAAAGAGGUUGCAGUAUUAAAUGGUUUAUUUACAUGUCAGAUUAUGACAAAAUAAACCAGUGACACAAAUUGUGCAAUUUCUAUUUGUGAACACAACUCUAAAACAUCUGACUGCAUAAAAUGCAAAUAAAUGCAUUGCGUUUAGCAUAUUACAUUUAGCAUAGUGCUUAGCCAGGGCACUCAGCAAAACAACAGGCUGUUUCUUCUGGAUUUUCGGCCUUGCAGCUGUAACACUGGUUAGGUUUGGCUUGAUGUCUUUCCCACAUCAGAGAUCUGACCUUCAAGGCAAAUGGAACAGACCAUUAGCUUAGCAACAGCUAGCCUAGCUUUGUAAAAAAAAAAAAAAAAGUAUUGUUAUGGUGCUCAGAGGGAACAAUCUACAUGAUAAAUGAAAUCAACAAACGGUUGGUAGACUUUACAUGCAGCCACUCAGAAAGGCUUUAAUUAGGACUUUUACUUUUUUGACGAAUCAAAAUGUCUGCCACUUUUCUGAGCAGUGCCUUUUAAUCUUGCGCUUUUUAAAGCCUUCUUUUUGUCUUUUAAAGCAUGCUUUUUUUUACCAUGCUGUGACAUUUUGUUUCAUAAACUGCACUAUAAAUAUUAAACUUUCUGAAUGCCCUUUGACUACACCGAAGACAGAACCACACGAACAUCUCAAAGAUUUGCUUCUGAUGGUGAUCCACAACCAAAGGCUUGUUGGUACUGUCUCUGCUCUAAUCAUCUUUUUACUGAAUCUGACUUAAAGCUUUAGCAAUUGUUUAACUUUUUGCAUCUGAUGAGAAGAUUUAUCCCACAUUUUGCAUGAAGCAACCACCAGCCGAUAGCAUAGCACACAAACACUUGCAACAGAGGACUUACUCAGCAGGGAUGAGUUAAGUUCACCACCCAGGUGUAGUAUCAGCUCGUUUUCAUACAGGCCUUUAUGUCUAUCAUUUAUUCUCUGCAGACGCUUGGUCCUGUCUUUUGCGUUGAAAUGUGAAAAAUUGACUUUUUCUACCAAAGUUCAAUGUGAAUGUGUUUAAUGUGCCCAUACGUUCAUGAAUUUCUUCUCCGACUACAAAUAACUGGAAAGGGAAUUUUUAUCUAGUAAUAAAUUCUUUAAUCUUGUGUGCCUUUUGUUUUUGCAGACUGGAUGCCUUAAAUGUGAAUGGAUUUGCACUGUGAUGAUUGUUGAUAUAAAAUAAAGACCAUUUUACCACAA